UACACCUGUACCAGCUGGACAUCACGGUGAAGCAGGGCCGUAACAAGGUGCGGGAGAUGUUCAUGAAGAAUGCCCACGUUAGAGACCCACGGGUGAUAGACAUGCUGGUUAUUAAGGGGAAGAUGGAUCUUGAAGAAACCAUUAACGUAUGGAAGCAGAGGACUCACGUCAUGAGGUACUUCCACGAGACAGAAAUACCCCCACCUAAAGACUUUCUGUCCAAAUUCUAUGCGGGCCACGACCCCUGA